AUGAAUACCUUUGGCCUUCAUCCUAUCAAAGGGCGCUAUGCCCAACAGGUGGUCCGCGAGAAGAUCGCAGCCGAAAUCGAGAUUCUUCGACAGAUGCCUGGGAACCCAUUUUCCGGCCUUCCCCAAUGUAGUCCUGACGACUUACCGCGCGACCAAAACUACAAAGACGGCAAGCUUGUUGAGGAAGUCAGUGAUCAAACUGCACCUCAACUACCGCCCCGCAAGGUGUGCAUCGUCGGAGCUGGUGUUGCAGGUCUCUAUAUUGCAAUGAUCCUCGAUGAUCUAAAAAUCCCUAAUCUCACAUAUGAGAUUUUGGAGGCCAAUUCUAGGGUCGGCGGCCGCGCCUACACUCAUCACUUCAGCGACAAAUUACAUGAUUAUUAUGAUAUCGGCGCGAUGCGGUUUCCUGAUAUGAAAACAAUGAACCGCACCUUUAAGUUGAUCAAACGCACCAAGACACCGACACUUCCUUAUUAUCUCAAAGGUUCUAACACUCCCAAACUUUUCAACGGCCGUUUCUUUACACCGGGGCCUGACCCCCACCAUGUUGGUGUUAAGAAUGGCGGCGAGGUUGCCGACAGUGUCGUCGAUAAAGUUGAUGACAUUCUCGAGAAAGCUUUCGGUCCAUACAAGGCGGCAUUGACAGAAAACUUCAAAAAAGGGUUCGAGAAACUCAGGAAGGUCGAUCACUUCAGCACCCGAGAGUUUCUGGAGAAAGGUGGACCGAAAGGUGACGAUGAACAAAAGUACGACGCUCCUUCUAUUAAAUGGAUGGAAACCCAAACCUCAUCGACCGGUCUCUUUGACCAAGCCUUCUCUGAGAGUGUUAUCGACUCUUUCGACUUCGACGAAAAAGCCAAGUGGUUCUGCAUCGAUGGAGGCACCUCGGUCCUCACUGAUGCUAUGCGGAAGGGGCUGAGCACAGAGGUCCAGACGAAUACAAAAGUGGAAGCUAUUUCUAUUGACCACAGCUUAAAGAAAGACGGUAACAUGUCCGUGAAGUGUGCCGGUGAAAGUAACUGGCGCACGGGCUACAGUACUGUCUUCAAUACAACGACUCUAGGGUGUUUGGAUCGCAUGGACUUAAGUGGCCUCGACCUUCACCCAACCCAACUAAAAGCAAUUCACACUCUACACUAUGACGACUCGGCUAAAGUAGCGCUCAAAUUCAAGUACCCUUGGUGGGUCAAAGAUUGUGGCAUCACAGAAGGUGGCGUUGCUAAGACCGAUCUGCCUCUACGCACCUGCGUAUACCCGUCCUACAAUAUUGAUACUCCUCUUGAUGAGCCUGCCGUGCUACUGGCUUCUUAUACCUGGGCGAAAGAUGCUGAAAAAAUGGGCGAAUAUAUUAAACCAACAUCGCCCAAGGGUGAAGAAGAACUCGUCAAAUUGAUUUUACGAGACCUAGCCAUAUUGCAUUCCGAGCACAUAACCUACGAACGUAUCGAAGAAGCUCUAAUAACACACCACGCAUACGCGUGGUCCCAUGAUCCAUUCAUGACCGCUGCCUUCGCUUUAUUCGGGCCAGGUCAAUUCGUCGAACUGUACCCAUACCUCUCACGGCCGGCUGCCGAUAGUAAAUUCCAUAUUGUGGGCGAAGCGUCAAGUGUACACCAUGCUUGGAUUGUUGGGGCCCUUGAUAGUGCAUUGUCGGCUGUGUACCUAUUCCUAUACCGCUAUAGACUGUGGCGUUAUGUUGCCAGAUUGUUCACUAACUGGGGUCUGGUAGGAGACCUAGAGUUAGGAGAAUCUGGAACUGCGCAUCUGAAGGUUGCGCUGGGCCGGUUGUCUAAGGAGUUUCAGGUCAAAGUCUAA